GGCAGCGCCCGUAAAAACGAAAUUUAUAAUCGCAACGGCAAAUUUACUUGAGUUUAUAUGGGCAUGCUGUUUACUGCAAAUUAUUAUUGGUGUAACAUGCGUUCAGUAUGAUGGAGAAUUUGAAGGUGCUUUUAUCAUAGAAUUAUAAUAGUGGUUCAUAACAAACGGCCCGUUUUCGUUUAUAAAUAUUUAUAACCACUCACUGACUUAAACUUAAGCCUAAGCACUGGUCAGUGACUGGUCACUGUCACUGGUGACUGUGAGAGUGCGAGUUGGGUGAGUCCUUCAUUGGCAGACUCUCUUCUUAAUUCUAGUUUUAAUCCUAAUAUAGUGUAUUAACUCACCAUCAUCAGCUGCGUCAAGCAACAGCCAUCUUAUAAACUAAGGAACUAUUUAGACCCUAUUAUUACUAAAAGUAAGUCUAAGUCUGCAAGAAAAGUUUACUUUUUAACCCAAAAACAAGUUAACAUUGACAUUAUCAUAAUCAUACAUUAAUGGUGCAAGGGUUAGCAAAUACAAUAACAUUAUUUUUGUAAAAAUAAUAAAGGUCAAAUUUUUUAGGCGCUUUAGUGCAAUGUACAAACUUAAUAAUAAGUCUAAGUCUAAGUUGUUCCUUGAUUUUUCCAAAGUCAUACAUAUUAUUAUUAUUAAGUGGGACAUUUUUUUUGGGGGGGGGGGGGGGGGGGGGCAUUAGCCCCCUUACAUACGGGGAUUCCAGGGCUAUAGGAAUUUUCUCCCUUGUGUUUUUUGCAAUUUACCAUUUUAAAGAUACUUAAUAAAGUCCUAUUUCCUCUGAAAAAAUAUUAUGAAGACAACUGUUUUCUGUUAUCAAUUACAAGUGUAUUGCUUUAAGGCAGAGCUCCACAACUGUGAGCCAAUAAUAGGUGUUCAACGGCAAAAUUCAUCCAAGGGGCUGAAAAAACAUGCAAAGACGAUUUUGUUUUUCUCACUGACACAAAAGAGACAAUAAUUUUCUGACUAACAAGCUGUCAAAAGUUUGAAGUUAAACAGCACAGAACAUCUGCAUGCUUAAAUUUAGCGGGUCACGUGGUGAGUCACCAUCCCAAUGCAGCUUGUGUGACCAGUAAAUUAUGUCCCUUCCUCUUUGUUCCACGCUUUUCCCAAUUUUUCAACAACCAGCUAUGAACACCGAGUCCAAGUAUUACACUGUACUUGGACUAGGUGUUCAUAGCUGGUUGUUAAAAAUUUGUGUACACUACUGAGGUACGUUUCUUGACCAACAAAUAAAACAAACCUUACACAAACUACUCUGUCCAGACUGAGGGUAGUGAAGAUGUUUCAUAUGAUUACUUGAUACAGUCAUCAUGCCUCACAUUUUAAAAAAAUAUUGCUUUGUUUUAUUAUUGUUUUUGAGUGACUGAAAUAAAUGCAGUCCCUGUUACUCUUAUAGUUUUGGCCUCAAAUGUAUGAUUUUCAGAUGUCUUAUACAAUUCUACACCAAGACCUGAUAGAACUAAGAUUUUAAGAGACGGGUUUGAAAAUAUGUAUAUUACGGUUUUAAAUUCUUUUUAAUUUGUGCAUAGUAUAUUAUGUUUAAAAAAUUGUUUUUUUUAUAUUUCUAUUAUAUUAAUAUUCGAGCUUAAGUAGUGGAAAACUAUUUUAUGUUAUAUGACUUGUUAUAAAAGAUCUACAGGCUUAUAUUAAUUUGAUGUCUAUGGGAUACUGGGAUACAUUCAUGAACGGAAAACUUUAUUUUCAAGGUCAAAAGAGCAUAAUGGGUUGGUGCAUAUAAUUUCGGCUUACAUAUCAUUUGUUGUUGUCAUGGUUUGGCUGAGUAAACGUGGAUCGGAUGACAUUCCCAUGAAUUGAGUGGAAAGAAAUUAUUCAGAGUAAAAGUAUACAUUUUAUUUUAAAAUCUAUUUUAUUGUGUCUUUCUUAAUUAACCCUACUUAUCUUACUGGAAUUGAGUUUAGAAACAACAAUCAUGAUUUUGGAAUAGUAGGCGACAACCACAGGCAAGCUUCUCUGUUUUACAAAAAUUUGAAUGAAUCCCAUAGGAAAUGUAAAAACAAUUGUUUUAUUUUGGUAUACCGGCAAAAUCUGGGCAGGGUCUAGGAGUGUGUUGAGUGAAAAAAGUUGGCAGAGCACUGCUUUAUGGUGUUAUGACCUCGGACAUGUCUAGUUAAGUCACAGUAACUUGUUUGAGGAGGGACACAAAUCUCGCACGAGUUUUAAAAAAAAUGGCUUUGAGUUUUUUGGUCUAGAAUGUACUUAAACUUGCAAGAUAUCAUUGAUAUAAAUGCAAAUAUUAUUGUUCACUGGUCAGAUGUAAAUUCCAGGGGUAAAAAAAAUCUUCGUCAUGAAUAUGUUUGGUGUUUUAAUUAAAAUGUUAGUAGUGGAUGUCUGUUAUAGGACAGAUGAUUUUUGAAAGAGCAUUUAAAGGCAACCAAAAAAAAUCCCCCAAAAUUAAAUAGUGCACACUCAGCUAUUGCCUCACUUACCUCCUCUUUGAUACAGCUCUGCCAGUAGAAAUUCGUUAACAUCUUUUUAAAGGAUGCAAAAAUCUUUUUUCGGUGGCAAUUUUAUAAGAUGAUUCUUUUAUUAAUCCAAAUAAAUGGAAAUGUUUUUUUAAAAUUAAAUUGUGCAUACAUUUUCAGCAAAUAAUUAAAUACAUAUCUCUAGCAUACAAAUCAGCCAUCAUAUACACAAAAAAUGAACUCCCUUAGUUACAGUAAUGACUUAAGUAGUGAUCAUUUAGAUUUGGUAACUGCUGGUGGAGCAGGCUGGUAAAUUCGUACAGACUUGGGAACAAAAUAAUUUUUAUAUCUGUCGGUCCUAACUUUAAGAAAUAAUUUGCCCUGAUCGAGAGUUGAUCUAAGGUAUCUGUGAUGAAGAGAAUAAUAUGAUUCCUCCAAAAUAUUGUUAGUUAUUCAACAGCAUGAUCUCAUGGUAACUACUUUUACUCCAAGUCAAAUUGAUAAAGUAAAAACAUUUUACAUUUUACAUUUUUUUUUUUUUUAGGUUUUCUUCUGUGCAGAAAAUGUGGUUAUGAAGUAGCCAAAGCCCAGGAUCUUGCCUCUCUGCCCAGUAGUAUGGCACUCCGGCAAAGAAAUGAUACAAUCUCUAACAGCAACAAAGUCCUCAUACAACUUUUUAAAAAUCCAAAUGGUUAGAUUUUGCUCUGAUCUCUUCUUUCUGACCUUCUUCUCGUCUCUCUCUCUCUCUCUCUCUCCCCCCCCCCCCAUUCAUGCUAUGUAGCGUACAUUUUUUGUGUGUAUUAUCUUGCAUUUUCCCCUGCUCUCAUACUUUCUAGGUCUUGUCUCUGUAAGAUGUCACUUAUAUCACAGUUUAUAAUUUAAAAAACUACACACAAAAAAUAAAAUCAACUAAUAAUAAAUAGAUUAUUAACAACAAAGAAAUCUGAGAACGUUUUUAAAAAGUACCGCACUGUUUUAAAGAUUAUGUUCAUGACAAAUUUCAUACCUUUUUUUUUAUUAUUAGACAUUUUAUUAUUGGAAAUGUGGUUUUUGAGAUAACUUUACCUCAUUUUAUUUAGAUAAAACUAGCUUAAAAACAAUUCAACUUUAUUUUAAGUCAAGAAACAACAUUUUUUUUUUUCAAUCCACUGUUUUCUUUCAGGUGAAGCAAUAAGUUAUCCACUGCAUAGAAGCCAGGAUAUGUUACAACAUGGCUCAUAAAUAUUCACAUUUUUUUUUUCAGAUGUAUACUUUGAGCUGAUAACAAGUUUAGAAUCUGAACUGGAGAGUGACACACAGGUAGUAUUUUGUUCAAAGCUUUUAAUAACCGCUACUGCUCUUUUGACAACCUAAGAAAAAUAAUCUUGUGGUCAUUCCUUUUUAUAAAAAAAAAAAAAAAGUUUGCCAGUUUUAAGAAUAAAUGCGAAUGGAGGCUUCAAUUAGAAAUAAUUUUAUUAAUUUUUUUUUGGUUAAAUAAUCUAGCAAUGGAUAUUUAUUGAGCCAUAGUUGCAUUGAAGAGUAUGGGGAGAUAGAAACAGUGGAAGCAUAGGGAGGCAUAGGUUUUUAAAAAAAUGCAAGUUAAAAAUAUACUUUCAUAUGCAUUUUUACAAGCAGCGCAGACUUUUCAAUGGCACCCUCCUCCCAAAGUCCCCCCUGAAUAUUCCAUUGCUGAAUGGACAUGGUCAUUUUGAGCAUCAUGUGCAACCCACCCCCACCCCCCCGCCCCCCCCCCCCCCCCCCCUCAUCUUCCAUUGCUGAAUGGAGAUGGUCACUUUGUUAUAUUUCUUGAUAAAACUUUGGCUUUCAGAAGUUUGCCACAGACAGCUGGUUUCCAGGGUACUCUUGGAGCAUCGCCAAAUGUCCCAAAUGUGGCACACACAUCGGCUGGUGAGCUAGAAAUAGAAAUAUAUUCAAAAAUUUUAAAAAGAUAAACACUUGGGCCAAUUUUAAAGAUGGCCUUAGGCUCAAACGGGAUGUAAACAUUUUGAAAUUUAUUCUAAAAAAAAAAUAAUUUAUCAGAUUUUAAAAAAUAUGUUUUAAAUAACUAUUUUAAAACUUUAAAAUUCAGAUGCUUUUUAAAAAAAUGAUCUGCCUUAUCAUUAAAAUUUAUUGUCUGUCUAAAGUAACUUUGACAUUUUUCAAAUUUUAGUUUAAAAUGUCUUGAAACUUUUACAUCUUUUUAAAUAAUUGAACCAGGUCUUACCAUGCCUUGGCCGGUACCAUAGACUCGGCAACCAGUCACGUGACGACAUUUUUCGGUCUCAUUCUGGAUAAAAUUAUGCAUGAAGAUGGUAAUGAAACACAUGAGAAUUUUUUGUUUCAAAGUCCAGCACAUAUUGUUUUUUUGUUAUGUUUUUGUGUUCUUGUUUCAAAUCAAUACUAUUUUGUGUGCAUGCUUUAGAACGUAAUUAUUGUGAUCAUUGAUUAGGUUCAAUUUGCAUAAAAUCUUUAUAUUAAAACGUUCUGGGUGGUGAGUGAACAAGACGGUCACCUUCAAUAGUCUUGUUUGUCUGCUACGUCUUUAUAAAUUAAAGGCCAGUUUAGGAGCUUUAAUUUGUUUAUUUUUAUCUUUAAAUAUUUGUUAAACCAGGAACUCUGAGGUUCAGUCUUUAAAAUAAGUAAGAUAUUUUUUUCAUUCAAGAAAGUUUGACAAUGCGCAAGGUCUGCAAACAGGGCUGCUCACUGGCUCAGAUGGCGUUGGAAUUCAGAAAUAGAAAUGUCUGUUUAACUGGUAUUUGGAAGUAGCGGCAGUCUCGAGUCCGGCACUGGAGUGAAUGUGUAACAUGCUCCAGAGUGAAUCCGUUGCAGACUCCGGAAUGAAUGUGUUGAUGUAUUGUUAAGUUAUAGUGCUGAUUGCAUGUGUGUUGUUAUUUGCAACCAUAGCACAUUAGAGUGCACUGCUCCUAGGCAACCUCUUUCUCUCCCAGCUGCGGUGUGAGUUAGUCACCUGUGUCCCCACGGGGUGGGAAUGGGGGACAUAGGGACGUAAAAUGUAUCCACCCCAUCCCUAGAAAGUCCGGCCCGGUUGCUGUGUGAAAGGAGCACCCCGGCCGGCCAGGUGUUCCUUCUCUGGUGCUGCCUCACUCGCAUAGUCAAUCGAGUUGAAGGGUGGUGAGGCUGUCUCAGGGGCGGAAAGCUCCCGGUGUGCUGCUUUGCGGCACGACUGGAAUAAAGACAACUGGGGGAUUAGUCGAUAGCCAGUUGAGUUUAGCCGAGGGUGUGUUGGGGAAGACUUCAUGAGCUUUGGCUCGAUAGUUAACUGUUUUUCUAAAGUAGUUUAGAUUAGUUGUAACCAUAACACAUUUGAGUUCUAACAAUAGCACAGUAGAGUUGCAACCAAGGCACAGGAUGAGAGUCGCAACCAUAGCACAGUAUAAGAGUUGCAACCGUUGCACAAUAGAGUAGUUUACAAUUUUUAAAGUAUACAAUAGCCGGUAUUGUUUGUCAGCACCAGUGAGAACAGAAAGGACUCUUCUUUUAAAAUAUGAAAUAAUGUUUGUGAUCCUAAGCAAACAAUUUUAAAUAGAUUUAUUCAGGAAUAAUUGCUUUCAUUGGCGUAGGAAAGGGGGUGCGAGGGGGACAGUCCGCCCUGGGUGGUACUUUUAACCUCUUAUAUUUAGGGGCAGCAUUUUCUGCCGCCUGGAGAGUUUUUUCGUGGACAGGGUGGGGGGGGGGGGGGCGGCAAAAAAGUUUGAUCCGCCCUGGGCAGCACUGACCCUGGAUACUCCACUGAUUGCUUUAAUAUAGUUUUGGGCUAGUAUUUUGUAAUGAGAAAUUUACAUAAUUUAUUAGUAGAACACAAAUGUCCCGUACUAAAAUUUUUGUAUCAAACAUAUUAUAUUUUAAAAUUGUUCAAUUUUUUUGUUAUAUCUUUAUCAGAGGUUAACAACUUAAUAGCAAUGCCAAAGACCUAUGCCAGCUGACACUGCUGAGGAGGACCUGUACAGCACAGAAUGAAUGAGACAACUGGUCACAGGCCACAAAGACUUUACCUUAUCAACACAGCCAGAUUUUUACUUUCGUGCUGGUUUUUAAGGCUACUUUCCUUGAUCUUUUGUAAAAAAAAAAAAAUUUUCAAAACCAUCACAUUCUUUCGGUAUAGUUAUCGACUGAAUGUGAGUUUUUAAUAUCGGUAUUAUUACAUUAAAGAAAUGUGUAUUGUAAAGGUUGGGAACUAAAGAAUAGUUUUAUUUUGUUUAUCGAUUAAGCUCCUUUUUUAAAUCAAGAUUUUACCGAAUUAGUUUUGUUAAAGGUGAUAUUUUUUUAUACACUAGGGAACUGCCACAGGGUUUGUCUAUAAGAGGUCAGAAUCUUGUCUGUGGUAAUGUUGAUAUCGGAACUCUAGUGGCCGACACGGAGCAUGCAUUGGGUGUUUUAUAGUGGCUGUUAAUCUAUUUUUGAUAUACUACUUUAUAAUGACUUGUUGUUUCCUUGAGAAAAGAGUUCGCCGCUAUGUUAAUUUCUCACUUGACACAGGAGCUACCAUGAAAUCCAAUAUGUUAACAUGAAUAGUCAUAAUAUUAUUUUAAAAUAUAUAUGUGUUUUUUUAACACCUGUUUUAUUUUGCCCCAUGAUGUGAAACCAAGAUAAUAUUUCUUAUAUUUUUGCAACGAGGUUUCCUGUAUGUAAUGAGUUUUACAAAUUUUUUUUGCGAUCAAGAAUAUGCCAAGAAAACUGUUGAGAUCUUGAAAUGUAUCUUUGUAACAAGUUGCACAAAUCUCAUUUGUUGGUUUUUGGCCUGACCACAUCAAAUUAAAUAUGAGGGGUUUUCCUUUGUUGCGUAUUUUGAUUUAAAUGCUUAUCAUAUAUCUGGUUGAAUCAAAAUUUAAUUUUAAAAGAUAACGGCUUAUAUCUUAUAGUUCAUACUCACUUAUAAAAUUUGCGUCCGUGCUGUUCUCAGUCUUUAACUAAAAAACAUCGGAAAGAGUGCACAUAAGGACCGCAAUUUUGAUGUGGCCAUAGCAUCUGCAUCACCACAGUCUUUUAAUAAGUUAUUCAGCAUUGCACUAGAUUAAAUUUGUAACUUUUUGGGUGCAGGAAAAAAAUGAUUUUGAGUCGAUUCCUACUAGUUUGAGACCCUCUAGAAUUUAAAACUGUGAUGCAGGUGUUGUGUUGCAGUGGUGAAUUUACAUUUUAUUUAUAUUUAAAUAUUUAAAUUUGUAUGUGUAAAAAAAGUAAAAAAAUAAUUAUUGCG